CCCUUUUUUUUUUGUUUACUUUCUUUUCCUCACUUUUUAUUAUUAUGGGACUUGUUGAAAUGGACCAUUCAGCCAAGUUGAAUGGUGAUAAUGUCGUGACUGUAUUACAACGUCAAUUGGAUCAAACUCAACUUGACAACCAACAUUUAAGCCAACUACUUUAUGAACAAAAGGAACAAUUUAUCAUGUAUAAGGAGAAUAUGGAAAUGAAAAUGAAAGAUGUGUUACACGAACAUGACGCGCUUUACAAUACGCAAGAAAGAUUAGAGACUGAAUUGUAUACCAAAGGACAAGAUUUGGAAGCUCUACGCAAGGAUAAUCAGUAUUGGAAACGUUUACAUAGAGAUUUGGAGAGAUCUUUUAAUAUGGAGCGUGAAGAAUUUGAAAAGGAAAGAUCUUAUUGGCACCAUCGGGAAACGACAUUGACAAAACAUAUUCAACAAUUGAAAAAACAAAAUGAAAAACAGCAUCAACGGAUCGAACAACAACAACAAGAAGAAGUUCAACAUGUUUACUCUUUUAAAGGAAGAAAUGGGUUGACGUAUUCACCUUCUUUGAUGUUCAAACAAGAUGACAUCCAUGAUAUGGUAACGCCUCGGCAUAGUGUGGAAGAAAUGGAUACACAACAUACUAGUAACGCUUCUCCUAUAUUGGAUGUGUCCAUGGAAACUAGAAUAUUGCAACAAACAAUCAAAACUCAAGCACAAGAUAUAUCGCGUUUAAAGUUGGAUUUAGAACAACAGACAAACAAACUGCAACAACAUCUUUUGGAAACGCAUGAAGCUUCGUUACAAAUCAAACACUUGACCGAUCAGAUAAACAGUGUCCAAAAACUCAAUCAAUCCCUCAUGGAAGAAAACGAAAGUUAUCAAAUAUUAUUGCAUGAAAAGGCCAUCAAUGGUGAUUUUAUUUCUGACAGUAUUGUGCAGGUCAUUGAUGAAGUAGACGUAUCUGAUAGUGACAAGGAUCAACAGACAUCAAGAACAUCCAAGAACUUUAUCAACUUGGCAGAUGAAUUGACAAAAGCUUCAUCUAUGGAAUCUAUCACGAACGAAAAAAGAAUGGAAGAUGAAGUGAAGACAUUGCAAGAUGCCAAUCGUGCCUUACAACUUUAUAUGAACAAGAUUCUUUUACGUAUUGUCGACAACAAGCAUUUGGAAAAUAUCCUUAGCAUAGAUGAGCCAAAGAAGCCAUCAAAGCCCAUCAUCAUUAAGCCUUCUAUAUCAUCGUCAUCAUCAUCAUCGACAUCUUUAUCGUCAUCAUCAUCAACAGCAUCAUCAAGGUCAUCCAUAUCAACGACAAAAGGUCAAUUGCAUCCAAUGCAAACAAAAUCGUGUUCUUCCUUUAAUAAUGAUAUCUCUUGUGGUGAAUCAAAGAUCAAUACCAACAACAAUGAUUCAUGGUUUCAAGUAUUUAGGCGGAUGAGUAGCGGAUACAUUCAUUAGAUUUAUUAUUAUUUGACAUUUAAUGAGAAUUGAUAUAAUAUAAUAAAACCG